UGCUCUUUUUGUACGUGGUGGCAGCACCGUCCCAGGCAUUACUUCAAGGGUUAAUUUGUGUUGCACGACACGUAUUUUACCCAUGAACUGCGUAAAUCGUGUUUUCUGUCGCAAAUCGUUCAGAGACGCACUGUUAAAAGAUAAUUACUCGCUGUCCUGUUAAACAUAUAUUUGGAAUGAAAAUGAAGAUUCCAAACAGUGGUUCUGGAAAUGAUUACGGUCACGAAACUGACAUUAUCUCUUAUAUGGACAACAACUUUGAAUCUGAAAUUGAUGUACAAGGAACGGAGGAUAGCGAUUUUUCCGAGUAUCUAUGGAUGGAAAACGAAGAGGAAUUUGACAAAGAGGUGAUCCAACAAUUAAUGGAAGAAGAGCUAACAGAGGAAUGUUUGAAAGCAAUGUGGGAAGAUGAGAGACAACAUGAAAGAAAUACAAAUUCUAUUGCUUGGUCUACCGCUACGAGCAUGCCUGAAAAUGGUGCUGAACUUUCUCAGCAACUUAGUAACCUAAAAAUGCACGAUGAUCUUGCUAAACAGAGUACAUUAAAUCCAAAUGCCGCUGAAUUUGUUCCAGCAUUUAAGUUAGUAGUAACGUCUGUAAGUACACCGCCAGAAGUUACUGCAGAAUCAUCAUAGAAGCCAUACAUUCCUUUCUUUAAUGUUAAUAAAAAUGGGCUAUGUGUAUGGCUAAUAUUUACCACCCUCAGUAACACAGUUCUAUUAACUGAAUCAUAUUAAGAGUUAAAUGACUGUGACUAAACGUACAAAGAUAUAACGAACGUCAAAGUGGAUAAUACGUAAUGCUGUUAUAUGAUAUCCAAGAUGAAUGAAAUCAGUUGCAUAACCAUAAAUUAAAGAAAAAUGCUAUUCAAAUUUUUAUGGGCAGGAGAUAUUGCAUAAUAUUAUAAACAUUUAAUUUUACAUAUAUAUUUUUUGUCAAUAUAAACGAUAAUAAUAUACACAUAAAUCACUUGUUACAGAAAUUUGCAAUUUAUAUUUCUUAUUUAACCAAGGACAAUUAUUCCCAAAAGUAAAUGUUUUCACUACUUUUAUCUCGUGUAAAUUGUUACAAAUUGAGGCAGCGUAUAAAUGAAAAUUGUGUACCAAUAGAUUUUGGAAUUUCUAGUUAAUUCUUAUUAUACAUUGCAUUCACUUUUCCAUGAAUUAUGUUAUACAUAUGUACACCUGAUGAUUAAUUAUUGCAUCCAAGAUGAGCAUAUCUUUUUUUCUUUCUUUUCUUUUUUAAUUCUUUCAGAAUGCUUCUUUUAUUAAGAUCUGAAAGGUUUCAUAAUGUAGUAUGCGUUUCUAGAUGAAACACUUCUCUAAGAGUUCCUUUUAUAACACUUAUUUUAUACUGAUAUAUAUCUUCUGUAGUGUUACUGACAGACUAAGAACAAUAUACUGAGGUCGUUAAGACUGAUGUAAGUGAUUUCUUGCAUUGAUAAAUGUAUCGCAUCCAAUGCAUAUUUUGUUGCUAAAACAUACUUAAUAUAUCCAAUCGUAUGAUACAAUUUUUAACAGUGAUUUUUAUUGUCGAUUUACUUGGUUUAAAAGGAGUAAACCUAUGUCAUAAUUCUGGUCCUCUAUCAGCAUAUAUCUGAAAGACUUCAAGAUCUCAAAUGAAAGUCUUACUCAGGCUGUGAAGGACUUUUUUUGUGGCUCUUUCUCUCGCUCUAGUAAUGUUGAAAGUAGUCAUACUGCUUACUUACUUUAAUUAAAACUAAUUAAAAUUUCUAUAAAACAAUACUUUAAAGCUGAUUAAAAUACACAAAUGAAAUAUAAUAUCUAAAUUCUGUAAAUGGUGAAUACAUUUUCAGCAUAGUACAUUAGAAUUGAAUACAAGAAGAUGAAGUUUGCAUAGUAUUCAUUUACAUUAUAUUUUCUCAGUAAACAAAAUUGUUGAAUGUUAUGUAAUAAUUAAACUUAUAGAAUACAAAACGAUAUUCUAAUGACCGUUAAAACACAAUAAUCACCACUUAUAAUAUACGUGCUAUUUGGAAACACAUACUUAUGUACGAAUUUUAUUAACAUUUUUUUGCAUUGUGAUAGACAUACUGUCAGGAUCUUGUAAGAUUGCAUAUGGUAAAUCUGUAUUAUUUUAGUCACAACAUACAUUAGUAUGAAUGCAGAAACUGUGAUUAUAAAGCAAAUUAAAUAGAUUUAUCGAAUAUAUAACUCACAGUUAAGGCACCUCAUUAAUUGCAUAACGCUUCGUAUUAUCUUGCUUUUGAAUUUUCUCACUUAUCUCUUAUCACUUGUGGCUCCAUGUAACAAUGGAGAAAAAAAAACGUGUACAUGUAGUGUCUAAUGAAAUAUGUAAUAGAUAUUUAUAGAUUUAUUUGAGAAUGACUCAAAUUUCAUAAUACAUCGAUUGUGUAAAACUAACCAUACAUUUAAGUAAUUUCUCUAUAAUUUUCAAAUUCAACUUAGUAUAGAGAGGUUGUCUGUUUUCUAGAUUUCAAACUCUGUUUAUCAGGAUCUGGUGUAAAUUUAAUUAAUUUGUUAUAUAAUAUUGAUAAAAUGACAUAAUACACUAAUUAAAAGCAGCUAUUUAGUUUGUAUGCUUUUAUUCUUUGCAAUAAAAUCAUGAAAAAAAGUCCAAAUAUGGAACAUAUACUAAUAGUUAUAUUAACAUGUAUCUUGUAGUCAUUGAAUCAGUGUCAAUUCAAAUGACAUGCAAUAUUUAAAUCAUAUUAUUAAUAUUUUUAACAGCAUGUUCAUGUAUUACAGUGAAAACUGUUUUUUUUUUAUAUAUAUAUAUAUAUAGCAGUAGAAGAAAAUAGUGAAUUUGUUUAAUUACAAUGUAACUAGUACAUAAAUAAUACUUUGCUACAUAAUACUUCUGAGUUUACAUGUUCUCGAAUUGUCUUACAUUUAAAUAUCUGAGAAAAUAUCAGUUCUUUUUAUGAGUUAUUUUAAUGGUACCUGUAUUUAUUUAGUAUGUAAUAAUAAUAUUAAUAAUGACAAGAUAAUAUCUAGGUUUUAAAAAAUAAGCAACUACAAUUGUCUCGUGUAUUAUGUAUAAUAAAAGGCAGUACUAUGAGAAUUACAUAUAUAAAAUAAUUUGUAGUUGUAGUGCUAAAAAUAAUUUGUAAAAUUCAGUUCAGCAAGCAUAAAUAUCGUGUUCUACUUUCACUUGAUUAUUCAUGCGAUUUUUCAGCAUAUAUACUAUCUCAACUAUAUGUCGAAACAUAAAAAAGUACAAAAUUUAAAAUGAAAAAAAAAAAGAAAGAAGAAUGUAAUCCAAACGGUAAAUAAUCUUUUUCAAGUAGUAGUAAUGUGUAAUGAAUUAUGAAUAAUUAUAUUUUUUAAGCGAGAUUGAAUUACUAUAUCAUACUAUUGCCAUUGAACAUUUGCAUUUGCGAUUUUCUCGUGUCGUAUCAUUAUUUCUGUAUCAUUUAGUAUGUAAAUGAAACACAUAAAAUACAAGUCUGUGUACUA